AUGGCCACAGCGAGCGAAAAAGCCAGCCACGGCCCUUUGCCAAAGACACAGCCACCAGAUGACAGAAACAGUACUACGGUGAGACCGUGGAUAGGAUACCUUGGACGCGCCUUUCUGUUUAUAUUCGCAGCCUCAACACUUGCCGCUAGUCUCUUGCAGAGGUAUUACCAUGACGCGGCUUCCGUCCGCUCAGUUUCAAAGACGCACUGCUACGCCAGCGUACAGACCCUGCACGGUGACCAGCCUGUCGCGCAGUGCUUCACCGUGGCUAGCGGCCUCUUUACUGACGUCACGGAGCAGCAGCAAACCGCGUUCGACGAGGCCGAGCUGAAACGUCGAGCUGAGGAUGGCGGCGCUGUAACUGGACAUGUGAUCCCUGGUCUCUGGGAUGGUCACGGCCACUUGAUUGAGCACGGCGAGAUGCUGACGCAGGUCGAUCUCUUCGGUGCCACGACGCUCGACGAGUUGCGCAGGCGGCUAAGGGAGCACAUCGCUGAGCAUCCGGAGUCAGGCACCAAGGAACGCUGGCUGCGAGGCAUGGGCUGGGACCAGACCGACUUUGGGCGCAUGCCGACUGCUGCCGACCUUGACGAGGACCCUGCGCUCCGCGGCAUCUACCUGUUCGUCGACCGCAUCGACGGGCAUUGCUCGCUCGUCUCGCACGCCGUACUCGACCUGCUGCCCACCCCGGUCCCGGACGUGCCCGGUGGCGAGGUCGUGCGCGACCCGGGCCCGGGCGUCUUUUGCGACAACGCCCUGGGCAUGAUCCUCGCGCGCUAUCCCCGGCCGGACGACGAGACGCGCGCCGCGUACGUCGCCGCGGCCAUGCGCCAUCUCAGCUCCGUCGGCAUCGUCGGCGUGCACAACGCUGGCACCGAUCCGGACAGCCUGCGCCUGCUCGGUCGCCUCGUCGGCGGCGACGACUGGACGGUGCGCAUGUACGCCAUGCGUGAAUGCGCCGCGCGCAACACGUUUUGCCCCGCGGACGCGACAAAGAUUGAGCGGGAAGAUGGGCUCUUGGACGUUCGCAGUGUCAAGCUUUUUGCAGACGGUGCGCUCGGGAGCUGGGGCGCCGCCAUGCUCGAGCCCUACACGGACGACCCCACCACCUCCGGCUUCCUCCUCAUUAACGAGACAGCCCUCGCCGCCAUCACGCGGCAGUGGGCCGCCGCCGGCUUCCAGGUCAACAUCCACGCCAUCGGCGACCGCGCCAACCGCGCCGCCCUCGACGCCUUCGAGGCCGCCCUCCGCGACGAGUGCGGCGGCGACGGAUCCGCAGCCGGCCUGGAAACGUGCGCGCACGACCGCCGCUUCCGCCUGGAACACGCGCAGAUCAUCGCGCCCGAGGACCAACCGCGCCUGCGGGCCCUGCGCGUCGUCCCCUCGAUCCAGCCCACGCACGCCACCUCGGACAUGCGGUACGCCACCGCGCGCCUCGGCGAGACUCGCGCCCGCACCGCUGCGUACCGCAUGCGCUCCUUCCUGGACCUGCACCCGGUGCUGGGUAGCGACUUUCCGGUAGAGCCGCCGAACCCGUUCCGCGGCAUGUACGCGGCCGUGACGCGCAAGAGUCCCGCGACGGGACGCGGUGGCGGAGCCGACGACGACGACGGGUGGCACGCGGAGGAGGCGCUGACGCUGGAGCAGGCGCUGUGGGGGUUCACGGGGGCGCCGGCGCGUGGGGCGUUCCUGGAGGGUAAGGCGGGCCAGAUCCGCGAGGGCGCGUACGCGGACUGGGUGGUCCUGGACGAGCCGCUCGGCGGGGAUGGAUUUGAUGUGGAGAGUCUGCGCUCGCUGCGGGUAAGGGAGACGUGGGUAGCGGGGAGAAGGGUGUAUAGAAGAGAAGAUGAUUAA